AUGGAUGGAACAACAACGAAUAUGAACUUAUGUAUCAAGUGUUAUAGGGAUCAAGUCAAGGCAGAUGAACAAUCAAUUUUAGCCAAAACGGCUUUCGAGAAAUCUUCAAACCCUAAGAAAUCUCUUACAACCCAAGCAGAAUCAUUCGUCUCAAGUGAUUCUAGUGUUGCAUACGAGAGUACGGCUUCGCCAAGUUCAGCAUCAUCAGAUUCAGCAACAUCCACUAGUGAUGGAGAAAGCGGUGCAGUAGCGAAGAAUAGGUAUUUUAGUUGUAACAAGAAACUCGGAUUGACAGCGGUUAAGUGCAAGUGUGAACCAGUUUUCUGCUCGGCUCCCCGCUACCCGGAGAAGCAUUCAUGUGAAUUCGACUACAAGGGCGUUGGAAGAGAAACACUUGCAAAAUUUAAUCCUCAAGUCAAGGCGGACAAGAUUGAUAGAUUUAAUCCCAAAUAUUAUCUCUGGGAUUUCUUUUAA